AUGACCAAAACGCUCGAGCACAGUGCACUCUUCGGCUCGUCCAGCCAGAUCGGCAGCGCUAUCCCAGACGCCUUCCUCGCCCCCGCCACGCCAAGAUCAAGUUCAAGCGAGACUGAACUCCGUCUCGCUUUCUCAGCAGGCGCAGUACGUCACGGCUCGCCUUCUCCGCCCGUCGACUUCCGCCAACGCAACACUCAACUUCGUGUGUGGAACGCUCUCACAGCGCGGGACAGUCGAUCUCCUGCAUUUCGCAGCCGCGCCCGAGCGAGCGAAGCAGAGCGCGUCGCUGCCGACUUCUGGUACAUCAUCAAGCUCACGCAGGGCAUGGGUCUCUUCCGCCGCCAUCCAAGCGAAUCGCACAACGACCUGUAUCCCGAAGUCCACGCUACCCUUUCCUCCGAGUACCUCGCCUUGUUGGUUGGCAAGAAGGCAAUUUCGGCGUUGGACAAGCAAGGAGCUAGCCUCGGAGGCUUGCAACUGCGAAGGUCGCCGUUGCUCGCUUCCUGCAUACGCUCGUGA